UGUAAACGUGUAUCUUCAGAUCCUUUGCGGUGUGCCUUCAGGCAAAAGAAUGAGGUGUUGUUAUUAUUUCACCGGUCGUAUUAUAAAACUUUCACUGACAGGCAGUAAAACGUUUUUGGUGGUGUGUGACAAUUGAUGAAGUUAGUUACCACGCGCGCGCGUUACCAGACGACAAAUUUGGAGAAAGUGGUGAAGUCGUACCUUCGCAGACAUUCCCAAAAAUUGUCAUGUUUCUUGUGAACUGUUUGGAACAGUAGAGCACGGGUGGAUUUAUUAAUGACAAAUGCGUGUUCUGGCAGCUAAAUAGUGAUUUACAUAAAUAAAUAAAGUUGAAAUAAUAAAACACGCAGUUACUAAACGAAUAUAUUGUACUUAUGAAGUACUAGUGAUAAUAUUUUUUAUUUACUUUCGUUUACAUUAUUGAGUUAAAAAUUUCAUGCGACUUCACUUUUCGUCAUUACGUAAGACUUAAGAAAAGGAAAUAUGAGAACUAUAUUUUGGAUUAUUUUUAGUGCAGUGGUAUGUUUGACACAUGUGCAACAAGCGGUAGCUGUAAGUCCGUCUGUGUGCCAGCAAUGCUUACAGAGCUCGGAAUGCAACCCUCCCGAUUGCUUCUGCUGUCGGGACGAGCUUAAUUUGACGAAUGUAUCACUGUCUCAAAUACCUCAGAUUGUAUUUUUUACUUUCGAUGAUGCUGUAACAGAACAAGUCUCUGGAUUCUAUCAUCAAUUAUUUCACGAAAGCCGGAAAAAUCCAAAUGGAUGUCCUGUUUCAAUGACACUAUUUAUUUCGCAUGAUAAUACCAAAUACAGACUUGUUUCGGAAUUCUACAGGAAAGGGAUGGAGAUAGCGUCUCACAGUGUCACACACAGCACAAUGAAUGGGACAAACUUUUUUCAAGAGGCUAAAACUCAAAAAGAAAAUUUAGCUAAGCUAGCAAAUGUUCCUGUUAAAGAAAUAACAGGCUGGCGAAGUCCAUUUCUCAAACCAACUGGCGAUCUCCAACCUGAUUCCCUGAAGAAGCUUGGGUAUACGUAUGAUGCGACUCUAACAUUCAGCAAAAGAAGCUUUCAAGAGAAACCUCCAGGUCCGUUUACUUUAGAUUUCGGCUAUCCUUACGAAUGUCAGGUCAAACCGUGUCCGAAACAUAAACAUCCGGGUUUUUGGGAAGUGCCUGUUGUAUCAUUAUUAGAUUAUAAACAAGCAUACGACUGUGUUUAUGUUGACGGAUGCAUGAAUGCUCCACCCGACGAGGAUACUGCUUACCAGUUUUUAUGGAAGAAUUUCCAUAAUUAUUACACUACGACAAGAAUGCCGUUUGGAAUAAAUAUGCACCCGUCAUGGUUCUUCUAUCCAGACCGACUAAAAGCAAUGGACAGAUUUAUUAAAAAGCUUGUUUCAUUGAAUGAUGUAUAUAUAAUUAGUGCAAACAGAAUGCUUGAAUGGUUAAAGCGACCAACCCCUUUGCAGGAUCUACAUUCAUUUGCUCCAUGGGCUUGUGAUGGGAGCGAAAAGACGUUUCAGACAGGUCCAAGACUGGUAAAGACGAAUCUACCUCCCCCACCACCGAGAUCUUUUAUAUCAUGGACAAAUAAUCCAGGAGUAACAAAUUAUACCCCUGCACCACAACCUGCUAUAAAACACACAUUAACAAAAACGAGACUUUUUACACCAAGUAUUCAUAACAACGAAUCUUCGAGAUUGAUUCCAACGCAUCAGAGGAACAAUUUAUUUACUUUAGACCUUUCCGACAAUAAACGCCAACCACCUCAGCAAAACAGUAACAGAUGGCAACAAAGACAGUCAAUAUACAAAAAGGUCCCGUCUCGCGAUUCAAUCGUACGCAUGCGCACUAGGCGACCUGAUAUGCGCACGCGUCUUCCUGAAGUGCCUCCUCCAAUAAUUCCAAGAAUAUCUCAGCAAGAUCGGCUUGAUCAGCACGAAGAACUCAUGAGGCGUAGACAACUCAUCGAAGAGCAAAAUCGGCAGAAAAAAAUUAUUGAGCAACGUCAAAUUCAACAACGCCAUCAGCAACUUUUAGAGCAACAAAGACAGCAAGAAAUAGUUGAAAAACAACGUCAAGAUUCUCUACGCAAACAAAACGAAAACGGCAAUAAGCCAAGAAUUUUAUGGAAACCGUCAUCAAUUUCUGUAGAAGCCGCGCAAGAGGCCGCCCGCCCUGCAAACAGUAGACGCAAUUGGAAACCAAAAAUUCACCAAGAAACCGUUAAAGUGUGGCCACUUAUUGGACAAUCAUUCAUAAAUCAACAGAAUCGCAGACAAGACAGAAGACAAGAUCGGCGCCCUGACCGACAGAGAGUUUCGCGAAAUAGACAACGUGAACGAUUUAACACAAGGAAUAUUGUACCCGACAUACAGGUGACUACUAAAUCAAGAUUUGCUGAAGUCACCGCGGCUCCUGUACCAACACCAAGAAGAAAUAUAAACAGAUUCACUGAAUCGCCGCGCCAUCAAUGGUAUACUGAUAUGAGAUCUAGAUUCGGACAACUUACAAACGGUCCGCGUUUCAGUCGCGGAGGCUCUAACCGAAGACCUGGCUUCGUUGACACAACACCUCGUCCUCACAGCUCAGGCAAUUCUUUACCCCGCCAAAACCGUAUUCAGACACAGGAUGUGAUCCGGCAGCAACAAACAAGAGAACGUAUGUCAAGGCGUUUACCAAACCCAGUAUCAAACAAUUUGAAUAACGAUUUAAAUAGAGACAUAUCUUCUUUGCCUGUUCGAGAAAGGACUUUGAAUGAUAUACCGACUCCAAGUCGUAGUAUUUAUAAUAGAAAUAGAAACGUACUUCAUCCAACAGUGGCGCAACAACUAGCUUGGAAUAGUUUCAUACGUCAAAUGUUGGGCCCUCAUAGAUAAAAAAAGUAAACACGGCAAAAAUAUUGAUAUCAAAAUCCAUACAAUUUCGUGAUAUAUUAUGGUCUAGAGUGAUAUUAUAUAAGAAGAAAGACACAAAAUUUCACAAAAUGUGACGAUUCAAUGAGAUGGCCACUGGAUCUGAACUGCCUGAUGUCAAAGUUUCUUGUCGACAUCGUACUAACAACUUUGCCUGCGAUUCACGUAAACAUUCGAGGUCAACAAUACUGAUGAUAUUCUACCGAUCAAGGUUUCUAUACAACAAGGAAUAAUAAUUACUGGUCUAUUUAUUUAACUACAGCAGAAUAUUUCAAUCCUCCAUGUGUGUAUUUACUAAACUGAAACAAAAUAUUUCAGUCCUUCAGGCAUGCGCAGUUGUGUUAUAUGGAUAUGACAAGAAUGCUGUAUGAAAUAAAAAUCAUAAAUUAAAAUAUUAAAUAUAAUACUUUUUCAAAAUGUUUGACAAGAACGCUAUGCAGUACGUUCCACGUCUAAAAGAAUGAAAAAUAAUAUAUUUGGAAUGUAAUGAAUAUACUCUAUAAAGAUGGAGCUAAAUUUAUCGAAAUAUAUUCUAACUUAUAAGAGUCAUAUUGUGAUAAAAAUACAGACACAGUUCAGGGGCUGAGGUUGGACAGUCAUAUGAACCAAGAGGAUAAUAAAAUAGUACUUUCUUUAACAGAAACUUACGCGUUUAUUGCGGUAAGGGGUGACAUUAAUUGACAAAAAGGACGGAGUAUAACAGGAUUUGAGAUCAUAAAUCAUAUCCCGACAUAUUAAUGGACACUUUCUAGCUUAUUCCUGCCUUUGAUAAAUUAUGAAACAAUAACGACUUCGGAUGCGGGCAUGUUAAGAAGAAGUUAAUUACUGAACGUUUCAUUUUUACGUACCUAACUUUGAAAAGUGACGUGCAUACGUCUUCCGCCUACGUGAACUUUUUUCUCUCCUAUUUAACCAUUUUACGUACAGAUUUAUUUUUUAUCUUAAUUUAAAGUAUAUAAAUGUGCAAUCUUAAAUUAUCUUAAAGGAAACGAUAUUUAACCUAUUUUUCUUACUUUAAAAGAUAUUUAAAGUUUGUAGUUGACUGUGUUUAAUGUUUUCAUGCAAAUUUUAAUGCUGUUAAAUUAUUAAAACGCUGUAUUAUUCAUUCUUUAUAUUGUCUGUUCUUUCAGUUUAUAACUUCAGAAACUUUGUAUACUAUGACCGAUGGCAAAAUUGUUUUUGCCCUUGCAAAGUUAUAGUAGUUUACAUUAUAAAACAUCAUAAUGUCAAAGUCAUUCGUUAUUAUCAAAGAGGAAUGUCAUAAAAAUUCCACAAUGAUUUAAUAAUUUCAUAAACACAAACACAAUGCUGCUACUACAAAAGAAAAAAUAUAAAUUUUUAAACUAGAAAACAAAAAUAGUUAAACAAAUUUCAAGUUUACGCGAAGCUCAUCGGCGUUGCAACUGACACAAAAAUCUACUAAAUUUAGCAUUCAGAGGUAAUUCUACAUCUAUAAUAUUAACUUUAACAAUGCUGAAGUAUUUUUGAAAUUUAUUUCGUCAACCAAACGCUUCCCGCUUAAAACAAUGUGUUCUUUUUCUUGAUAAAGUAGAUAGAAAGUAGUUUUUUUAUACUUUGUAAUUACAUUUGUAUAUGUUUGAAAGCUAUAUUAUGUAUGCGGUUUUAUAAGUCAUAUUGACUAAUUUACUUAAUAAAUCAUCAAUAUGUUAUAAUUAUCAUGAAAAUGUACGCAUGUAUUUUGUGUGUGAAUGAUAUUUCAUCAUUAGUUUAGAUUAUUUGGUUAUUGUAUAUAAAUGUUGAUUUUGUUUACUAAAUUAUGCAAUAUCGAAACAUGAUAAUUAUGAUUGUUUUGUUCAGAUUAUUUCUUAUUUUUGCCACUUAGUUUAUUAAUAUAAAAAAAAACUCUCCGGAUGCACAGGCUGAUACAACAAGGUGUUAAAGCCACUAACGUAGAUAUAUUUAUAAAUUUAUAAAUAAUAAGUCAGUUGUGAAACCAAAUACU